CAGAAAUAUGGAAUCAGAUGACGUAGGCGUCAAAGGAAAAAGGUAACUUUCGGUCAUUUCUGGUUCAGACACGACUGGACGCCUUGUGUGCCGCUGCCGCCGGGGAGCUGAAUCUGUGGGGACUUUGGACCAGAAACCUUCAUUCUGCGCCCGUGAGACCUUGUGGAAAAAUCUGUCUGCGGUCCUUUCCUGUGCCAGGAUAAAGGUCCAGUCGCGGUUGACAAACCAAGGUCUGCUUUUCAGUUCCCUUCUAAACGCACCCAGAGGGCAUCAUGGGCGCCCAGUCAGACUCAACCCUCAAGUCAAUCCUCCUCUUUCCAGUCCACCUUCUGAUCUGGCUGUACUCCCUCAUAUCCUUUUUGCCCUGGUACUUCAUCACCGGAGCCGGCCAAAAAAGGACGCAGUCUACGAGAAUGAAGGCCCGCUCCACCACAGGGUCCCCAGAGGGGCCGUACCGCUCUGUGGACCACUUUGAGUCCCUGGCCAUAGAGGACUUCGAAGGGAAGGACACGCUGGACAAGUUGUUCAAGCACGCAGUGGAACGCUUCGGACCAGCCGAUUGUCUCGGCACCAGAGAGGUGCUGAGCGAAGAGAACGAGAUCCAGCCCAACGGCAAAGUGUUUAAAAAGCUGAUACUGGGAGAGUACAAGUGGCUGUCGUACAAUGAGCUGGACUCUACAGUGAGUGAUUUUGGCAACGGACUGGCAGCUCUGGGACAGCAGCCCAAAAACACCAUCGCCAUUUUCUGCGAAACCAGAGCGGAGUGGAUGAUAACUGCUCAGGCAUGCUUCAGGCACAACUUCCCAUUGGUGACGUUCUACGCUACGCUGGGAGAAGAUGCGAUUGCGUACGGACUGAACGAAACUGGAGUCACUCACUUGGUGACCAGCAUGGAGCUGCUCGAAAGCAAACUCAAAAAAGUACUACCACAGAUCUCCAAACUGAAGCACAUCAUCUACGUGGACGAGAAGAAGGUAAACACAGAAGGCUACCCAGAAGGACUUUCCAUUCACAGCAUGCAGGCGGUGCGGGACCUGGGCGUCCUGCCGGAGAACGUGGAGAGAGAAAUUGUGACGCCGCAGUCCUCCGAUCUGGCCGUGGUGAUGUACACCAGCGGUUCCACAGGCAGACCCAAAGGGGUCAUGAUAGUCCACAGCAACCUGAUCGCGGGGAUGACAGGCCAGUGUGAACGCAUCCCUGGACUUGGACCUGAUGAUACUUACAUCGCAUAUCUGCCCCUGGCUCAUGUUCUGGAAAUGACAGCGGAAAUCUCUUGUGUAACAUACGGCUGCCGGAUUGGUUACUCAUCCCCCCAGACUUUGUCAGAUCAGUCCACCAGAAUAAAGAAAGGAAGUAAAGGAGACUGCUCUGUCCUCAAACCCACUCUGAUGGCAGCGGUGCCGGAAAUCAUGGAUCGCAUCAACAAGAAUGUAAUGAGUAAAGUGCAGGAAAUGAGCUACCUUCAGAAGACACUGUUUACUCUGGGCUACAAAUACAAACUGGAGCAGGUCAAGAGGGGCCAUGACGCACCUCUCUGCAACAAGUUGCUGUUCCAGAAAGUGAAGAAACUGCUGGGUGGGCGAGUCAGGAUGAUGUUGUCCGGCGGAGCUCCCCUGUCCUCGGCCACUCAGAGGUUCAUGAACGUGUGCUUCUGUUGUCCAGUGGGGCAGGGCUAUGGCCUCACCGAAACCUGUGGAGCCGGCACCAUCACUGAAGUCGCAGACAUCAGCACCGGCCGUGUUGGAGCUCCUCUGAUUUGCUGCGAGAUCAAGCUCAGAGACUGGGCUGAAGGGGGCUACACCAGCAAAGACGAGCCUCAUCCAAGAGGGGAAAUCCUGAUUGGUGGUCCCAAUGUUACCAUGGGUUACUUUGGGCAAGACGGCAACAAUCAGGACUUCUUUACAGACGAGAACGGUCAGAGGUGGUUCUGCACCGGAGACAUUGGAGAGGUUUACCCGGAUGGCUGUCUGAUGAUUGUAGAUCGCAAAAAAGAUUUGGUGAAACUGCAGGCUGGGGAGUACGUGUCUCUCGGUAAAGUGGAAUCUGCCCUGAAAACCUGCGCUCUCAUCGACAAUAUCUGCGUUUACGCCAACAGUGAACAGAACUACGUGAUCAGCUUUGUGGUUCCUAACCAGAAAAAGUUGACGGAGCUGGCCAAGCAGAAAGGCAUCGGGGGGAAAUGGGAGGAAAUCUGCAACCAUCUUGAAAUGGAAAAAGAAGUUCUGAAGGAGAUCAUGGAGGUCGCAGCUAAAAUUAAACUCCAGCGGUUUGAAGUUCCUGUAAAGGUGCGUUUGAGUCCUGAGCCAUGGACCCCAGAGACUGGCCUGGUCACAGACGCCUUCAAGCUGAAGAGGAAAGAGCUGAAGAACCACUAUCUCAACGAUAUAGAAAGAAUGUACGGGAGGAAAUAGACGGGUUUUAAAUAUCACAGUAGUCAAUAUUUGUUCCUGUAAAUAGUUAGCCUAGCUUUGCCAAACCAAUGCACAAAGGGAAAAGAGUCUGGAAGAGUUCACUUUUCAGGAAAUAUCCCCAGACCCAAACAUCUGACAGAAACGUGCACCACUGCAGGCUACAAAACGAUUUCCGUCCAUCUCUUUCUGACGUGUUAGGAGAUUCAAGGUUGUUGUUUUUUUAUUUUGUUUUUUUUGCACGUCGGAAGCAGCCAUGUUGGUUGUUUGCCAAAGUGCCUGAAAGGCUCUGUUCUGUACACUUUGGUUCGGUUUUCAACCCUGGUACCCAGUUUCAAGCUGCUGGCGUACCACAGAACUUAAGAGGAAAGUAACAAUCUGAAACUGUACAUAGUCGUUGCUGUCGAUCCAUAUGUGCUGCUUUUUAUUUAUGAGUGUAGAAUCUACGACAGUCUUAAGAGAUGCACUGAAGCAGCGGGUCUAAUUUCAUCAAAAGGGUCAGAGACUUUCACAGCACUCUACUGCCAUCUGCUUAAAUCUACCGCCAUCUGGAGUCUAAGUGAUUUAAAAAAAAA